AGAGAACAGAGCAUGCGUCGGAUGUUAACGAGCGAAAUUCAAGCUACAGCUCUGAUUCCUGAAAACCAAGCUUGAUGAUGGAGGCGUCCACAAGUUCGGCGGAAAUCCAGAAUUUAAGCUCAAUACAGGCUGCCCAUUAUCUGAGAUAUGUGAAAGAGGCCAAAGAAGCAGCUAAGAAUGGAGAUUUGGAAGAAGCGCUUAAACUUUUCAAUUUGGCAAAGGACAUUUUUCCCAAUGAAAAAGUGAUGAGUAGAAUCCAAAAACUACAGGAGGCCUUGGAGGAAUUGGCAGAAGAAGAAAAUGAUGAAUUUACAGAUGUAUGCAACUCUGGCCUGCUGCUUUACCGAGAACUAUACAACCAGCUCUUUGAGUAUCAGAAGGAAGGCGUUGCUUUCCUCUACAGCCUCUAUAGGGAUGGGAAAAAAGGGGGCAUUUUGGCAGAUGAUAUGGGAUUAGGGAAAACUGUUCAAAUCAUUGCUUUCCUUUCUGGUAUGUUUGAUGCUUCUUUUGUGAAGCAUGUGCUGUUGAUCAUGCCAACCAGUCUCAUCAACACAUGGAUCAAAGAGUUUGCCAGGUGGACUCCAGGAAUGAGAGUGAAGACUUUUCACGGCCCUAGCAAGGAUGAACGUACCAGAAACCUCAGGCGGAUUCAACAAAGGAAUGGCAUCGUUAUCACGACAUACCAAAUGUUAAUCAAUAACUGGCAGCACCUUGCAAGCUUUAAUGGUGGAGAGUUUGUGUGGGACUAUGUGAUCCUUGAUGAAGCUCAUAAAAUAAAAAGCUCAUCUACCAAGACAGCAAUCUGUGCUCGUAUUGUCCCUGCAAAGUAUCGCCUUCUCCUUACAGGAACUCCAAUCCAGAAUAAUUUGCAAGAACUAUGGUCUCUGUUUGACUUUGCUUGCCAAGGGUCCUUGUUAGGAACAUUAAAAACUUUUAAAAUAGAGUAUGAAAAUCCUAUUGUGCGUGCAAGAGAGAAGGAUGCCACCCCAGGGGAAAAAGCCUUGGGAUUUAAGAUCUCUGAAAACUUAAUGGCAAUCAUAAAACCCUAUUUUCUCAGGAGAACUAAAGAAGAAGUACAGAAGAAAAAGCCAAGUGGCCCAGAGGUGAGACCCAAUGAAAAUACUCCAGGUGUCGAUCCCAUUUGUGAAAUGCCUUCCCUUUCCAGGAAAAAUGAUUUAAUCGUUUGGAUACGUCUGGUACCUCUACAAGAAGAAAUUUAUAGGAAAUUCACAUCUCUAGAUCAUAUCAAGGAGUUAUUAAUGGAGACUCGCUCACCUUUGGCUGAACUAGGUGUCUUAAAGAAGUUGUGUGAUCAUCCUCGGCUGCUGUCUGCACGGGUUUGUGGUUUGCUGAAUCUGGAGAAUAUCAGACUCUCUGCUCAAGAUGUAAAUGAAGAAGAUCCCUCAGAAGUGCACAACAUUGAUCACAUAACUGAUGAAACACUGAUGAAUGAAUCUGGAAAAAUGAUAUUCUUGAUGGACCUGCUAAACAGACUUCGAGAUGAGGGGCAUCAGACUCUGGUGUUUUCCCAGUCGAGACAAAUUCUAAACAUCAUUGAACGCCUUUUAAAGAGUAAGUACUUUAAGGUGUUACGAAUUGAUGGCACAGUUACUCAUCUCUGGGAACGAGAAAAACGAAUUCAGUUAUUCCAGCAAAAUAAAGAGUACUCUGUUUUCCUGCUUACCACUCUCGUAGGUGGUGUUGGCCUGACAUUAACCGCAGCCACUAGAGUGGUCAUUUUUGACCCUAGCUGGAACCCUGCAACUGAUGCUCAAGCUGUAGAUAGAGUAUACCGAAUUGGACAGAAAGAAAACGUAGUGAUUUAUAGGCUAAUCACUUGUGGGACUGUAGAAGAAAAAAUAUAUAGACGACAGGUUUUCAAGGACUCAUUAAUCAGGCAGACAACUGGUGAUAAGAAGAAUCCAUUCCGCUAUUUUACCAAACAAGAAUUAAGAGAGCUCUUUACAAUUGAGGAUCUUCAAAACUCUGCAACCCAGCUGCAGCUUCAGUCUUUGCAUGCUGCUCAGAGGAGAUCUGAUGAGAAACUAGACGAACACAUUGCCUACCUGCACUCUCUGGGCAUUGCUGGAAUCUCAGACCAUGACUUGAUGUACACACGUGAUCUAUCUGUUAAAGAAGAGCUUGAUGUGAUAGAAGACUCUCAGUAUAUUCAACAGAGAGUUCAGAAAGCUCAAUUCCUUGUUGAAUUUGAGUCUCAAAAUACCAUGGGAAAACAAAGAACUGAAAAUGAGGAAGCCUGGCAGAGAGCAUCUAUAUUAGCUUCUCAAACAAAGAAGAGAGGCCCUGGAUUGAACAAACCACAGCAUCAGCCUUCACCUUUUAGAACUACUCAUUAUACUCAGGAAGAUGACAUUAGUUCUCAGAUGGCAAACAUAAGCCUUGAUGAUCAGUCCCAAGAGAGUGAGCCACAAGAUCUUUCCAAUGUUGCAGUGAACGUUACCAUGAUGCAAGAUGGCAGUCACCCAUAUGAAAAUAAAUUUGAUGCUGACUCUGCAUCUACUUUACCCACGGGGGUUGGAAGUGCAGAAAGAAUGUGGACUGAAUCUUCACUUGGAACAGCAGAAGUCUGUGCCAUUGAAGAUGAGGCUGUGCGGAAGGAGGCAUUACAAGAGAGGCCCAGGCAACCAGCACUGCAAGAGAGCCCCCUGGGAAGUUUACUUAGUCAAUCAGUCAGAGCAGAAGCCGAGCCUGGGCCAAUUCUAGAUCUACAGGAUAGUGAGGUUUUACAUAGCUGCAGUUCGUGGCCAAUUAAUCCCAUGACAAAGGAAAAUAAAAGUCAAGAAUCAAAUACAUCCAUUAUUAAAAUAUCUGAUGACAGCUUGUCAGCAUCUCAUAGCACACUGCAGGUUGCUCAAGUAAAUGGGGCCAACACAAAAGAAAAAUCUUUAUCAUCUUCACCACAAUAUGCAUGUGAUUUCAAUCUCUUCCUGGAAGACUCUGCAGACAAUAGACAAAAUCUCUCCAAUCAGUCUUUGGAGCAUGUUGGGAAAGAAGAGGGCCCAUGUGGUUCUGCAGUUAAUUCCAGAGCAGAGUCAGUGCAUCAUUCCAGUUUAAGUUCUGGGAAAGAUGAAGCAGAAGAAGUAGUUAUUAAUGUUAAAACCAGAAGCAAAGCUAGAAGGAUCAUUUCAGAUGAUGAAGAUGAAGAUGAUCCCUUUAAAAGUACUUCAAGCACAAGUCCAUUCAGCACAUCUCCCUUUGAAUUCACAUCUGUGAAACAAUUUGAUGCUUCAACUCCCAAACAUGAUACCAGUCAAUCUGGAAGGCUCUUUUCACCUAAAAUGCCUGACAGUGGAAAUAAAUCCACAACCUCUAGAAGAUCUUUGGCUUCUAGGAGGUCUCUGAUUAAUGUAGUUUUAGACCAUGUAGAGGAUAUGGAAGAAGAACUUGGCAACCACCAUGAAGCAGAGGAUGCUGCUGAUGAUCCCCAAGGAGAAACUAGCAGUGAUGAGUGCACAGAAGAGGACCUUCCUAGUGAAACACUGCCUUCCAAAGACAAGUCCAGCGAGCUAAAGAUGUCUGAGCCUAGUUCUCCUGUUCUGCAGACCUCUUCUGGUGCUACUCCUGAGCCUCUGUCUGGUGAACCUUUAGUUGCUUCACCCCAGGAGAAGUCAGUGGAGGCUACUGAUGACUAUGAGACUCUUGUGGCUCGUGGAAAAGAACUGAAAGAAUGCGGAAAAAUACAGGAGGCUCUAAACUGCUUUGUUAAGGCGCUUGACAUAAAAAGUGCCGAUCCUGAAGUCAUGCUUAUGACUUUAAGUUUGUAUAAGCAACUUAGCAACAGUUGAGAAAUUUAUAACUUGUUCACUUCAUUUUAAGAUGAAACUGAAUAUAAAGUGUUUUGUUUUCUUUUC